AUGUUGGAUGUCGAUGAAAUUCCCGAAAGACCAAACAUUAACACACUUGCAAGUUUCUGGGCUGGGUUUGUUGGAGGUAUCGCAGGCCUCGCUGUCGGACACCCAUUUGUAAAGGUUAGAUUACAAUCUCGAGAACUUGCUUCUCGGUACAAAGGCACAUGGCACUGUUUUGCCAUGAUCAUAAAACAAGAAAAGGUGUUUGGACUUUACAAAGGAAUGGCAUCCCCAGCUGUCGGUGUAGCGGGUGCGAAUGCGCUUGUGUUUGGAUCUUAUACCUUUCUGAUUGAGAAACAAGCAGAACUCAGAGGAAGGCCAAUAAGCGAAACAGAUUUACCACCGCUGCUAGAUGUAUUUAUUGCUGGAAUGGGAGCAGGAACUAUUACAAGCAUUAUGACAUGUCCAAUGGAAUUGGCCAAAGUUCAACUCCAAAACCAGACAACCACAGGGGAUGCUAUGAAGUAUCGAGGCCCAAUUGAUUGUAUUACCAAGCUAUAUUAUGCAGGUGGUAUACGCCAAUGUUUUAAAGGUAUGGGAUCAACCGUUCUAAGAGAACUAAGUUUUGGUCCCUAUUUCCUUUGUUACGAGUCCAUAUGUCGAGGUUUGACACCCAAAGGCAGUACAAUGUCACACCAUGAAAUCACAGGUCCCAAAGUCAUCUUGGCAGGUGGAGCUGCGGGAAUUGUUUCAUGGUGCUCCACAUAUCCUGCAGAUGUUAUAAAGACUCGUAUACAGUCUGAACCUAAUCGAUAUAAAGGUUUCGUGGAUUGUUUAAGACACUGUUAUAGAGAAGAGGGUUACCGAAUCCUGUUUCGAGGUUUGACACCUACUAUUCUAAGAGCUUUUCCAUCAAAUGCAGCGACAUUUAUGGGAUACACUUGGACAAUGCGAUUAUUCACAGCAGAAAAACCGUUCUAUCAACGAGAAGAAGUUGCUAUUUAG